GGAAGACUGAGUGGGUGCGCAGAACGACUUGGAGGCAAGCUUGGUGCGAUUUAAGCCCAUCUUUCAGUUACUUCACAAUAACCAGGACAGUUUGCAUAGUGACCACCGUCUCCCAUCCGUAACGACGGCUACAGGAAGUCUGUCUCCGCAGCCAGGGAUUGGAAGGGUCCUUUUGCCCAAAAGUCGUUGCUUUGCACACCCGGGAUUUACUGGGCCUUUUAUACUCUGACCUUGCCAUCCCCUGAGGUUGUGGAUCACUGAAACUUUCCCCCCAAGUCGAGCUCUCCGCAGAAGCAUUUCCUUUGAACAAUGGCGCAAGACACCAAUUCCUCCACAGACAAAGAAAUACCAUUCACAAUCCCUCCCGCCACCUUAGCUGUCUUUCAAUCGAGCCCAUGGACGGCCUCCCUGAUCUCCAAAUCCGACUACAGACCCAUCGAGACCUCUGCGCGGGUUAAGAAACCUCUCGGUGAAGAUGCCUUCUUCGCAGAAACAAUAGCCACGCCGACUACGAUUCCACAUUGUCUCAGUCUCCAGCGACGUAACCCCUCUCCACCACCGUCAGAGGCCCCUUUCCUGCCUCCUCCGCCAGCGAAAUGGCCCAAGAUAGCCACUCCGCCCGAUUUGAUCACCCUCUGGGAUUUCGGCAACCCAGGGAUCAGUGGACACCCUAAUACGGCGCACGGGGGUGUCCUUUCGACAUUAAUUGAUGAAAUGAUGUCCGUCGCUAUUGCAAUGCAUAUUCCGGGGUAUACCUUCAAUGAAGCUACUGAACGCGGAAGGAUAUACACACUACAAUUGGACGUGCGAUUCAGAAAUCCCGUUUACGUCCCCGGACUGGCGGUUCUGAAGGUGUGGUGUAUUGCAAAGGUUGGAAGGAAAUUCUGGUUGAGGGCGCAGAUCCUUCAGGAGGAGGGACUAGGCGAACAGAACGGUGGUGCCCAACCGCUGGAGUGGGCUAAAAAGAAAGUGGUUUGCGUAGAAGCGAUGGGAUUCUUCGUGCAGACGACGAACGAGAAGUUAUAGCCGCACCUGUCUCAUUCAUAUUAUAGCUCGAUAUCGGGGUAUCCUUUUAAAGAUAGAUGAACUCUUUAGAUAUACGAGAGAGAUACCAUAGAGAUAUUAAAGAAAUAGAUAUCUUUAAUUCUGACGGAGUCUA